GAGAGGGAAAUCUGGACUCUGAAGGGCUGGAAAACGAGUUGUGGUUCGGCCACUUGGUGGCUAGAGACCGGGAGCAGUCGCUUUACCUCUUUAAAUCGGCCUUACCUCGUUUCUCCAACGCGGGGCUGACGUAGCUGAGCGCUCUGAAAUGUUGAGAGCUCAGGGGAAAGUUGCUGCAGGUGCUGUUAGCCCCUUGCUGUAUUUUCAGAGGCAUCAAAUAAUGACCUCUGAAAUGUUGCCAGCAUUUAUUGAGUCUUCUAAUGUUGAAAGAAAGCAAAGCUUAAAUGAAGAUCAAGAGAAGAGCCAGAAGCCAAGAUUAUGUGAAAGGUUUGAACCAAUAUCUAAACGACAGAUGAAGAAGCUCAUUAAACAGAAACAAUGGGAAGAACAACGAGAACUCCGCAAACAAAAGCGGAAGGAAAAACGCAAGAGAAAACAAUUAGAGCGACAAUGUCAACUGGAAUCAAACUCAGAUGGAAAUGACAGAAAACGUAUUCGAAGAGAUGUUGUUCACAGUACACUCCGCCUUAUCAUUGACUGCAGUUUUGACAGCUUGAUGAUAUUAAAGGACAUUAAGAAACUUCAUAAGCAGAUUCAGCGAUGUUAUGCAGAAAAUCGACGAGCACUACAUCCUGUGCAGUUUUACUUGACAAGCCAUGGAGGCCAGUUGAAAAAGAACAUGGAUGAAAAUGACAAAGGCUGGGUCAACUGGAAGGAUAUCCACAUCAAACCAGAGCAUUAUAGUGAAUUCAUAAAGAAAGAAGACCUGAUUUAUCUAACAUCAGACUCACCUAAUGUACUGAAGGAAUUAGAUGAAUCAAAGGCCUAUGUGAUUGGAGGGUUAGUAGAUCACAACCAUCACAAGGGACUCACAUAUAAACAAGCAUCAAAUCAUGGAAUUGAUCAUGCACAGCUCCCCCUUGGAAAUUUUGUGAAGAUGAAUAGUAGAAAAGUUUUGGCAAUUAAUCAUGAAUGCAACGUUGUGAUGAACCUGGCUAAGAAAUGUAUGGAGUUUGUCUUUGUUGCAGUGUUUGAGAUUAUUCUGGAAUAUCUGGAAACCAGAGACUGGCAAGAAGCGUUUUUUACUAUUUUACCCCAACGGAAAGGAGCUAUUCCCACAGACAAAGCCUGUGAAGGUUCUUCGCAUGACAAGAAAUCUGCCAGGAUUGAAGAUGGAUUGGACAGUGAUUCCAGUGAGGAAGAAAAUAGCAAAAAUGAACUAGAAUCACCACAUGAAGAAGAAAAGCAGGAUAAAGAAAAUAGCAAUGAAUCUACAGUGAACUCUGUACUACACUAAUGUCAUCUGUUGUUUUUUGUUUUGUUUUUUGUUUUUUUAGCUUAAUUAAGGAAAACUUAGGAGAAAAUGAGGUGCUUCAUAAAAUAUUCUAAUUGGGAGAAAAUUUUAUUUCCUCUUAUUUCUGUUGUGAAUUUUUAAAACUUUUUUUAGAGCUAAGUGAUAAAAAGCCCUUAUAAGAAAGUUUUUUGUUUUUGCAUAAAAUUUAAAUGUUUAAUUUUUAAAAUAAUUUUCUAAGUCUCAACAGUUUCUUGAGAAUUUUACUUUAUUGGUAAACCUUCAUUCUCUUUAAUUUACUGAAUUAUAUUUUUUAGAAUGUGCCUUCUGACCCUUCAGUUUUAUUUUUUUGUGUUUAUAUCAAGUGUCUUUCUGAUUUAUUACCUACUUAGUUGUGGAGAUAUUCGUAAAUCUCCUGUAAGUCUACCAAAAUGUUCUGCAUGGGAGGCUACCUCCUAUUUGCAGCUUUUUUAUUCAACUCAGUUACUUCAAAAGAAUGCAGUUAUUUUAGGAAGAAGUAUUAGAUUGAUAAGCUCAACAACUUAUUUCUUUUGGACUAUGGAGCCCAUCUCUGUUCCUCCUCUGUGAUGCCUUUUCGUGGUUCUAAAGCAAUCACUGAAGAGUAAAGACUCUCUUAAUGUAUUUCUUAAUUUCAAUAAUGGUGAUAAAUUAUUUCAAUUACAAAUGUAAUUUUUCAGGCUAGAUUAUUUUAAAAGACCGUUGAGUAUCAAUUUUGUCUUAAAUUUAAAAGGAAACAGCUUUUAGCUAUCCUUUCCUUCUAUAUGUACUUCUAUUAAAUAAAAUAUUUCUUGGUUCUUAAAGUGAAUAAAGUUAACUUUAUAUGUGCAUCUGUCUACUAGCAUAUAAUAUGCAAGCUAAUAUAACUACGUUUCUGUAAAUAAUCUAAGCAUGUAUGAAAAAAAUAUAUAAUUGUAUAUAUAUCUGUCCAUAAUCAUGUAUCAUUAAUGAUAACAGGACUGAGUUGCCAAAUAGCUGUAUUAUUUGCAUCAACGAUUGUGUGGAACAACACUAAGAAUUUGAAUUUCAGAAAGUGUAAAAAUCCUUAACUAAAUAUUUGUAUAAGGACAUUGGCAAGGGAAGAUGGGGCUAAAAGGAGAUGUUUUGAUUUUCUCCUGGUAAAUGUAGAGCAGUUAUGUUUAAAGUAGUGAUUGUUCCUUGUCACAGCUAAAGUAAGAUUUCAGAAGCCUUCACUGAGUUUGGAUAAAUUAAGUUUCUGUUCUUUUUACUCAUUGGCAUCUCAAAUUAUGUACACAUUUGGUAGAAAGUUCAUUAGAUUUAGUAUUGAUACUACUGUCUCUUAAUUUUUGUUGCUUUAUUCUUAGUAAUCUAUUAUAGUUAUCCAUUUAAAAUAAGGUCUGUGAGCAAGGUAUAUAAAUAAAAGCCCCUACAAUUCUAGAAGAGCAAAGCUUAUGUCUUAAGUUGUAUUUUUCAAAGGUUCAGGGUUUUCCUGAGUAAAUAUGGUUUAGUACCAUGAAAUCCAGUUGACCCUUGAAAAGUGUGGGGGUUAGGGGCACCGACCCCCCCACACACAGUUGAAAAUCCGUGUAUAACUUUGUCCCAAAACUUAAUAGCCUACCAUUGACCAGAAAUCUUACUGAUAACACAGUAAGUGUAUUAACACAUAUUUUGUAUAUGUAUUAUAUACUGUAUUCUUAAACUAGAGAAAAUGUUAAGAAAAUCAUAAGAGAAAAUACAUUUAUAAUACUGUACUGUAUUGAAAAAAAUUCACAUAUAGGUAGACCCAUGCAUUUCAAACGUGUGUUGUUCAGGGGUCAACUGUAUUAUGCCUUUUACUUGAUAUGGAAUGAAGCACAAGUUAAUUUUGAAAGGCGGGGAAAAAAUCAUUACAGGCACUGUGUAGUUUGUCACUAAUUAUGAAAGGCCUGUAUUAUUUCCUAGGGCUGCCGUAACAAAUUACCACUGGGUAGCUUAAAACAACAGUUUUUUUUCUUACAGUUCUGGAGGCUAAAAGCUCAGAGUCAGGGUGGAUCAUGUUCCCUCUGAAGGCUAUAGGGAAGAAUCCUUUGUAGCCUCUUCUUGGUUUUUGGUGGUCCCAGCAAUCCUUGCUGUUUCUUGACUUACAGCUACAUCGCUCUAGUAUCUGCUUUGUCAUCAAAUGGCUUCUGCCCUCAGUCUUCCUUGCCUGUGUCUGUGUCCUUCUUAUAGGUAUACCAAUCAUUGGAUUAGUGUCCAACAUAAUUCAGUAUGACCUCAUCUUAACCUGAUCACAUUUGCAAAGAUCCUAUUUCCAAAAAUGGUCAUAUCCAAAGGUACAAGAUAUUAAGACUUGAGCUUAUAUUUGAGUAGGCACAAUUUAUCCAUACAAGUCCAUAUCUUAGGCUGUUGAUGAUGAGAAGGAGACACAACCUUCGCCUCAGAAAAGUCUUAAUAAAUCAAGUUCAUUCAUAAAAGAAGGAGCAUUCUUCGGACUAUUCUCCGGAAAUCAGUGUGUUGCCAUCUUGGAGCAUUUGAAAACACUUGAGAUCGGAAAAGAAAAAAAAAAGCAAUUCUGAAAGAAUGUUAAGGUGAAUGAACAAUUUUGAAACCCACCAAUUACUGCCAAUUACAAAGUAAAGUGAUAGAUCAUUUCACUUUUUAGAUGGAGAGAGUCACAGAUGAUAUACGUAAAAUGCAAGAAUUGUCCAUAGAGCACUGAGAACACGUACAGAGAACAGUUGUAAAAAGAAAAUUUUAAAAGGGAAAAAAAUGGCAGAGAUUAGAAUUAAUGACAGCAGUGGCCUAUGGUGCUCAUUAAACUUUGAUCUCAAUUGGCAUAGAGAUGUUUAUGUGUUUCUAGCUCCUAGCCAGACACAUAGAGGAGGCACUUCAUAAAUGUGAAGGAGAGAAGCAGUAUCAGAAUGAAGAGACAAUAAAGUUAGUAGGAAGAGUAGGCUUAAAUUUGGGCACAGCCACCUGUUAGGAAUUUGGUGAACUUAAUGAACCUCUGUCAGUCUUUGUAUCCUCACUUGUGAAAUAGGAAUGUUACCCAUUUAUCCUGUCUCUUAGGGUUGAGCAAUCAAUUGAUUUGAAACCAAGCAGCAGUUAACUUCACAAUACUUUCUCAUUAACAUUUCUUCAUAGCUUGCCUUGUUUCCCUUGUUUCUCAUUCUUGUUUGACAUUAUCUGCCCCCCCAAAAAAUAAAUAAUAU